ACGCAAGUUCACUCAUAAGGAAACAUAGCCAUUAAAAUCCACCAAUAUAUUACUGGUGCAAAAGAAAUGUAACACUCCCUAUAAAAAUAUUCCACUGUUGCAAAAACAUAAUAAAGUGUAAAAAGUGAUUUCUGUUUUUAAGUGUUUUAAAAGAGUACUUUCGAAUACCCAUUGGUUUUUACAAUCUUACUUUCUUAAAGUGAUAGUGUAAUUUAAAUCUACUAAAUGAAAUAAACUUUCAAAAUCUAAAUGUGUAAACUUUUUAAAAUUAAAUAUAUUUAGUCUUUGGUAUUCACUUAUAGUGUAAUUUUAAGUGAGCUUUGUAUUGAUGAGCUUGUCUAGUGGUUUUUGAGCUUAACCAUUACAAAUAAAAAAUAAAACAUUUAAUAGUAAUAGUCCUAUAAACUAUAAACGAAUGUGAGUAUAUUAACGUAAAUAUACUAUAUAUUUUUUAAUUGAAGACUCGUUUUGGUUAGAUAUUUUUAAUUAUGUGUGACUACAUAAUUCAUUUAGAGAAUAUUCACGUGUAUAUACCGCACUUAAAUAAAUGUAUGCUAAGACAUUAUUUAGUUUCUUUAAAAAAGAAGAUGACGAAAAUGUGAUUUGCAAUAAGUGUGUUUGUUUAGGAAAAUCAAAACACCGCUUUUCCAAUACAGAUGUAGAACAAGGCAUUCCAGAGGAAGAAGAUCAUUUGGAGCCAUUGUUGAAUCAAGAUGGCCGUCCAGUGUUACCCACUAUAUCAAGUAACGUCAGUCUCUCAGAAUUGCGCAACCAUCCCCGAUUCCUGCACCUAUCCAACCUUGACAUGGCGUCAUCACCUUCAUCAAACGCGUCAACUGUCAACAACACUCCUGUCGUGGAAGGAACCGACCCUCUACCAAAAAAGUGGAGAAGAAGUGACAGGAGACUGAGAAGACUCAAUACUGAGCUGCUCACUGCCAUCGAGGGGAAUGACGUCGAAGAAGUUGAGAGGCUGCUUAAAGCAGGUGCCAAUCCUAAUGCUACCUGCCGCAAGGACAUGGUCUCUGCUUGCCACGUAGCAGCACUCUGUGGUGGCGAUGCCCUAUCACUGCUGGUGAAGUUCGGAGCUGAGAAAUACCGACUGGACAGACUAGGAAGGACUCCACUGCAUCUUGCAGCAUUCGCUGGAAAUGCUAGACAGAUGGCCAUUCUGCUAAACAUCCCAGAAGAAAUGCGUGAUCGGGUAGACAAUGACAGUAUAUGUUCACAUGCUGAAGAAGAUUUGAAGAAGCUUCAUGAGAAGACCAAAGCCAUGGCUAACGUGCGUUGUGACGUUGGCGAUGUCAAAACACUAAUACCUAGCACCUGGAAAGAUAAUAUCGAUCAUAAUUGCAAGAAUAUUGAAGGGAGUUUACCUUUACUGCAACCUGGCUGGACACCCAUCCACGUGGCUUCGGCAUGUGCUCGUAAAAACUGUACUCAAUUACUCCUCGCCGCUGGAGCUGAUCCUAACAUCUGUGAUGAGAUGGGACGUACCGCCCUCGAUGUCGCUGGCUCCGGUUACUACAUAGACAUCAAAAUUGAUUCUGAUAAUUUCACUGAAGUCCUCCGUCUCAUCAUGAAAGCUGGUGGAGAAAACAAUACUAUGAAGCCCUCUCGCCUGGACAAUCUCACAACACCUCUUCAUACAGCAGCGGAGCUAGAGAAUGUAAAUGCUAUAAAGGAGCUGCUGCAACUUGGCGCUUCCAUAGCCUGUCUGAACACAGUUGGACAAACACCUCUACAUGUCUGUGUGAAGAAGGAACUUGAAGAGCCAUUAAAGAUUCUUGCAAACGAAGGGCGUAAUGACAGGGACCCUCUGUCAGCAGUAGUGGAUGUGAAAGACGGUGAAGGUCACACAGUACUGCAGGCUGCUGUUGAGGCCGCAUGGGUGAGAGGAGUAUGUGUAGCAUUGGAAGCUGGAGCUGACGUCACUCUAAAGGCAAACGAUGGCGAAACUCCUAUACACUCAGCUGCAGCACUCGGAAAUUUAGAUGUCCUCAACGAAAUACUAAGUGUUGCCAAACAAAAAGAUUCAAUAGAUUAUCAAAACGAAGAAGGAGAAACUGCUCUGUUUAAGGCCGUCAAAUAUGGACAUGUUGAAUGCGUCAAACUAAUACUAGAAGAAGGAGCCUCUCUAAAAAUAACUCUGAAAGGGGAUAUUAACGUUUUUCAUGUGGCUGCAGAACGAGGCAAUAAAGCUAUUCUUGAAUUUUUACUUGACUAUGAUGAAAAAGUAACACAAACAAUGCUUAACAGUUUAACAGAUGCAAAGAAAAAAGGAUUUGGUCCAAUACAUUAUGCAGUAUCAGAGAAUCAUCAAGAAUGUGUAGAGUUAUUGAUUUCUAAAAAUGCAGAUAUAAGACUUAGAACCACAAGUAGUCCGCAUAAAUUAUCAACUCCAUUGCACAUAGCUGCAGUAAAAAAUCACCAUGAAAUAGCAAAAGUACUACUUAGCUUUGAUAAGACGAUAAUACAUGAAGUCAAUGGCAUGGGAUGGUUUCCCUUACAUUCCGCAUGUCAUCAUGGAAGUAGAGAAGUUAUUGUCCUUCUUCUAGGAGAAGGAGCAAAUUUAGCAGGGUACACUGAUGGUCCUAAGAAAUAUAGAAGAACGGCAAUCGACAUGAUUGUCAAUAAUUUGUCAAAACCUACGGAAUUUAUGGAAGAACUUCUAGAUUCUUACAUAUCGACAAAUGACCACAAUCUCCAAGAUGCAAACUGUGAAGUCAUUAUUGAUUACAGAAUACUUAUGCCUAAUGAAUGUGAGAUGGAACAGAUGAAAGUGAUUGAGGCAUUGUUAAAAACUGGAAAUAGAUAUGGACAAAAAAGAUUACUGGUGCAUCCACUGAUGGAGAGUUUUCUGUACUUGAAAUGGAAAGCGUUAUUACCAUUUUUCUACACAAUUAUAGCAUUUUAUGGGUUAUUCUUAAUUUCCUUAACAAUCUUCGCGGUUUCAGUUUUCUUCUACAGAGAUACUGUUGAGGAAAAACCUAAUUGGCUUGAUUCUGGUGUCUGGGGAUACAUUGUUUAUGCUACAGUUUGCUUAGUUCUGCUUCAGGAACUACUGUACAUGAACGUGAAAAGCAGUAGAUACUUUUUGCAACUCGAAACUUGGGUGAAGUUUGGGUCGAUAGGACUUGCUAUAAUUUUGCCCCCAUCGGUGAUGGUGCCAGCUUUCGUGGAUGCAGAGUGGCCUAGACACGUGGCGACGAUAGCUCUACUCCUGGCAUGGAUGGAAAUGAUGUUUCUCUUAUCCAGAUUCCCAAACUGGGGUUACUAUGUGCUAAUGUUUGGGAAAGUCGCAUCUAAUGUUAUUAAGAUUCUUCUAACAUUCGCCUUCCUCGUAAUCGGGUUCUCGUUUAGCUUUAUGAUACAGUUUCGUUCCAAAACGCCUUUCGAAGGUCCCUGGGCAGCUUUCGUGAAGACUGUUGUCAUGAUGACAUCAGAGUUCGAAUAUGGAGCUUUAUUCGACGAAGCACAUUCUAAACAACUGGCAUUCUCAUUCCAAAUUGUGCGUCUUAUAUUCGUUGCCUUUCUGAUUCUAGCUGCUAUCGUGCUCAUGAACUUAAUGGUGGGUGUCGCAGUCAAUGAUAUUAACGACCUAGAAAUUCUAGGCAAUAUUAGAAGAUUAGAUAAACAAGUAGAAUUCUUGAGUACUUUAGACACUCUAGUUUACAAUAAAGUGUUCAGUAAGAUAUUACCAAAAAGAGUUAAUAAUAAAAUUAAACAGAAACGUAAUGUCAGUGAUAUUGUUAUUCUAAGACCAGGUAGACCAAGAUGGAGAUACUACAAGAUUCUACCAUCAAGAAUAAGAGAUGCAUUAUUUAGUAAAGCACAAAGUCAGAAGAAGCAAUUAGAAGACGAGAUGAAUGUAAAGGCAUUUAAAGAUUUAUUGAACGAAAUAUAUGAGGCUGUAGUUAAAAAAAAAGAAACUGAUAAAAAUGAAGUAGAACUUCAGAAAAGCAUAGAAGACAGACCCAUUAGAAAUAGGCAAAGGCAUGAAGAAGUGAUGAAGCGUCUGAACGGUUUGGAUGAUGAAAUUAAUGGUGUAAAGACGCAGAUGGAAACAUUGACGGCACAGUCGCGUUCCCCAGUUGAGGCGUUGAAUAUGAAAGUGGAUCAGAUAACCUUGGAAAUGGAAGAGAUCAAAAAGUUUUUAGUGAAAUUAGAAAGUAAGCUAGGGAAACUAUAAAUACAAGAUUUAAGUGUGCAUCAAGGUGAAUUGACAACAAGUUAUAAUCGAGAAGCUUACCAAUGAUAUAAAUAAAGGCGGAUGAUGACGAGUGAUGCUAGAUAAAGCGUAAAAAAUAGUGUUUAUUAAGUACCAGAAAACCGUUACGAUUUUUGUAAAAUUGCUUACUUUAAAGCUUCAGUUAUUCAAAGACAAAAGAAUUCUACCUAAAAUAAAAUAUCCGCACUUUAUUUAAAAAAUAAUAAAACACUGAAAAUAUUAUUACCUAAGUACUAACAAAAAUAUAAUCCCCUGACGAUAAAUGUCAUGACUGUCGUUAGAAAUAACGUGGUAAACUGUGAAAAGUGUAAUAUACUGUGAAAAAUGUGAUAAAGUACUUGUUUCGAGUGACGGUAGCGAAAAAUGUCGGAUUAAAUUUAAGAGAUGAGCAUUAUUUUUAUGUCUGCUGUAGUUAAGAUUGUUUUUAUAUUUAUUUAUUUGUACCUUGAUACCUUUAUACAUUAAAAUUGUUGAAGAUAUAAUU